GAGCUCGUGGAAGACCUCCUCAUCGGAGCAGACGAUGGCAAGGGUUCUUACUUACAUUAGCUUUAUUGUGUUCUUGUUAGUUUUAUGCAUGGCAGCACAAGCAGGGACAGGGCCAACUCCAGAAAAUGAAGUGAAAGCCCUUCGUGAAAUAGGUCUACAAUUGGGAAAGAAAGACUGGAAUUUCAGUGUGGACCCAUGCGUAAAUGAGUCAAGUUGGUUAACGCCAAAAUUGGAUUCGAGGCCACUGUACAACAAUUCUCUCUUCUGCAAUUGCUCCUACCCUGAGAGUGUAUGCCAUGUCAUUGGAUUGAUUCUUCAAGGGCAAGAUCUUGACGGUGUGCUUCCACGAGCUCUGGUGAAGCUACCGUACCUGAAGUCCCUUCAUCUCACUCUUAACUACCUCAGUGGUAACAUACCCCACGAAUGGGCUUCUACACAGUUGGAAUUUCUGUCUCUCUCUAUGAACAACUUAUCAGGACCACUUCCAAGCUUCUUGGGAAACAUUACCACACUUACAUUUCUGGGCAUAGAGAACAAUCUGUUUUCUGGAAUGGUUCCCCUUGAGCUUGGAAAGUUGGUUAACUUGGAGAAUCUCAUUCUUAGUGCUAACAAUUUCUCAGGAGAGUUGCCAGUCGCACUUACUAAUUUGACCAAAUUAACAGAACUUAGAAUUAGCAGUAACAACUUCACUGGAAGAAUGCCCGACUUUUUUCGAAGUUGGAAACAGCUUCAGAAAUUAGAGAUCCAAGCUAGUGGUUUUGAGGGGCCCAUUCCUUCUAGCAUUUCUAUCUUGAGUAAUUUAACCGAGCUAAGGAUCAGUGACUUAGUUGGAGAGGGAUCAAAAUUUCCAAACUUAAGUAGCAUGAGGCCAAUGUGGAGAUUGAUGCUGAGGAGUUGUAACAUCACUGGAUCAAUUCCUCCAUACAUAUCAAACAUGAAAAUGAUUCAAAUUUUAGAUCUUAGCUUCAACAGAUUGGAAGGAAGUGUUCCAGAUUUAAGAGAUCAUAAAAAGCUGGAAUACAUGUAUUUGACAAGCAACUUGCUCAAUGGGCCUAUUCCGGACUGGAUCAUGGGCAGUGACAAUCAAGUGAAAUAUUUAGAUCUUUCUUACAAUAGUUUUUCAGAAAGUUUUGACCCAGCUUGUCAAGACACAUUGCAAAACAAAAAUUUGUUCAAAAGCUCUUCUGGAAGGGACAACUUAAUACUUGACGAGUGCCUGAAGAAUGUUCCAUGUUCAAAAGAUCGGUAUUCAAUGCAUAUAAAUUGCGGUGGGAACGCUAUCACCAUUGGAAACAUAAUGUAUGAAGCGGAUAGUGAGCAAGGUAGUUCAGCGAAAUUUUUUCAUGAGAAGGAGAAUUGGGGAUUCAGUAGCACUGGACUUUUUUGGGAUACAGAUGCUAGCCUAUCCGACUACAUUGCAGAUAAUGUAUCCAUACUCACAAUGAAUGAGUCUGAACUAUACACAAGUGCACGCCUAUCUCCUCUUUCAUUCACAUAUUAUGCCCGCUGCUUAGCAAAGGGAACCUAUAAUGUGAAACUUCACUUUGCGGAGAUAGUAAUCAGAGACAAUAGAUCUUUUUACAGUCUUGGAAGGCGGAUAUUUGAUAUUUAUGUCCAGGAAAAACUGGUGUGGAAAGAUUUUGAUAUUGAAAGUUCUGCAAGAGGGGUUGAUAAGGCUGUUGUUAAGGAACAUAAAGCAAAUGUUACAGAUAAUGUUUUGAUGAUUCGCUUUUACUGGGCUGGGAAAGGGACAACAGCUGCCCCAAAGAGAGGAACAUAUGGUCCCCUCAUAUCAGCAAUCUCUGUGGAAUCAGAUUUCAGUCCUCCUCAUGAUGGCAAGAAGAAGAUAUCUAUUGUGGUACUGGUUGGAGCUGUAGUUGUGGUGCUACUCCUCAUUUUUAUGAUUUUGGGCAUUCUUUGGUGGAAAGGCUGUUUGGGAGGGAGGUCAUCAAGGGAAAAUGAGUUAAAAGGUUUAGAUCUGCAAACUGGUUUUUUUACAUAUAGACAAAUAAAAGCUGCCACUAAUAACUUCAAUGCUGCAAACAAGAUUGGGGAAGGUGGUUUUGGAUCAGUUUAUAAGGGUAUACUACUUGAUGGUACUGUAAUUGCGGUUAAGCAACUUUCACCAAAAUCAAAGCAAGGAAGCCGUGAAUUUGUGAAUGAAAUAGGCAUGAUAUCUAGUUUACAACAUCCAAAUCUUGUUAGAUUGUAUGGAUGCUGUAUUGAAGGAAAACAUUUAUUGUUGGUAUAUGAGUACAUGGAAAACAAUAGCCUUGCACAUACUUUGUUUGGCCCUGUGGAUGGUCAGUUAAAAUUGGACUGGUCGGCAAGGCAGAAAAUAUGUGUUGGCAUGGCAAGAGGUCUGGCUUUCUUGCAUGAGGAAUCAACUCUGAAAGUUGUUCAUAGAGACAUCAAAGCUACUAAUGUGUUGCUUGAUAGGGACCUUAACCCUAAGAUCUCUGACUUUGGUUUGGCCAAGCUUGACGAAGAGGAAAACACGCACAUAAGCACCAGAAUUGCUGGAACAAUAGGCUACAUGGCACCAGAAUAUGCACUACGAGGUUAUUUAACCGACAAAGCAGAUGUUUUCAGUUUUGGAGUUGUUGCAUUGGAAAUUGUAGCUGGGAAGAACAACAUGAAAUAUCAACCAAACGAGAACUUUGUAUGCCUUCUAGAUAAGGCUAUUGUUUUACAACAGAAAGGGAAUUUGAUGGAGUUGGUAGAUCCUGAAUUGGGUUCUGAGUUCAGUAAGAAAGAGGUACUUAGAAUGAUUAAAGUAGCAUUAUUAUGCACUAAUCCAUCCCCAGCACCUAGGCCUACCAUGACUGCGGUAGUGAGCAUGCUUGAAGGCAGGACAGUUGUUGAUGAAUUGAACAUCGAUCCAAGUAUUUAUGGUAAUAAUGAAUGGAGGUUUGAAGCCUUAAGAAACCAACUUGGUAAAAGCCCACAACCAAGCUCAAGGGAAAGUCAGAGCCUUGCUCAGUCAUCAAAUGCAACAUGGAUGGGCUCUUCUACAUCUGCCUAGGAUCUCAUUUCAAUUAAUCUUGACUCUCGGUAAUAUAAGCACCUAAGUAUGCUACUGCCCCAGGUUAUGUGACAAUCAUAGUGCUUGUUUAUUAAUGAUAAGAAAGUAUAUAUAUAUGUUUGUUUCACUAGCUCCAAGAGUUCAAAAAAAUCAGCAACGUAACCUGAACGGCUUAUUAUUGGGGUCCCUUAUUUCGAAGAGCCUAGAUAUCUUGUUAAAAACAAAACCAAUAUAUAUAUAUAUAUAUAUAUGGUUUCAACUCCAACAUUUCUGUGUGAGAGUUAACUGAAAUUAUUUUCACAAAUUUUAUUUUUCUUAUAUUUUGUAGAAUUGAUUCCUUUAGAUGACUA